UGCUGAAGCAUAAUAUUAAGUGCAAGUGUUUCUUUUCCUUUGUAACAAAUACAAACCAGAAGAGCUACAGCCUGAUCAAAGACUUCUGGUUUCUCUAGAAGAUUAUAUAGAAUUAAUGCAGUUUAAUAGCUGUUUUCUUAUUUGAUCAGAAUAUACGCUCUGCAUUUUCGCUUAGACGAAGCAAUGAAUAUAGUCAUAACUUCUGAACUUCCGAGAAACUCUGAAUAAUAAUGAUGACGUUCAUUUGCUUCUAAGAAUUUUUGCACACAGCGGCUGACAUGUAUAUAUAAACCCACGGUGUAAUCUAUAACAGCAGUUCCAGGUAUAUCAACAUGGAGAGCUGCCCGGUACCCUGUGUUCCGCAGUCACACAUUUAUGCUGACAUUGAUUUCAAUGUUCGAUCACUGCUGCUGAUUUUUGGUGGUAUGUCAACAAUUGAUGAAGGCGACAUCCUAGAGCUCGAAGACAUCUAUCAAUUACGAGAGGACCUUGAGAUUCUGAUCCGAAACGUAUCGUAUUAUCACCCAAGAAUACAGGAACUCCAUGAAAGGAUUUUUUCGUUGAAAACAACGGUUGAUAAAUUUACAAAACAGGAAGUCAGUCUAGAGGAAAGGAUAAGAUCACAAUAUCAGUUGCAGUGGGACGAUAUGAUAGACAAAUUCACCGACAUUUCAAUAGUCUGCAGCAAAGAACGCGAACGAAUCGAUGAACUUGAAAGAAAUGAAAUUAGAUAUAAAAGGGCACUGGAAAUUAAAAAUAGCAGAAUAAAGUCAUUAGAAGAGAAGGUCGCCACCCUGUCAGAGAGUAAUGAAAAAUUAUCCUCCACAGUUAGCCAAAUGAAAGAGUGGAAUGUGACUUUUUCAAAUACGAAAGAGUGGAAUUUAAAGACUGCCCACAGUCGUCUAGCCAUGUGCAAUGCAGAACGAACAUUCUUCCAAACAACACACAAUAAGACGGAGAAAAGGUAG